AAGUUGGUCUUAUUUAAUGGGGGGGUCUUUCUGCAGGACAGAAGCUGGCUGAGCUCCCAGUGAACAGCCAGAUGCCGGGGAAGCCAGAGGCACCUAGAGGGCUGACUCCUGGUCGAGGUCGAGCGAUCGUGCUGGAAAUGCUUCAAGCAGAAGGAACUCACCGGUCCAAUCAAAGAGCUAGGAUGAGAUCCAAGAGAGACCUAAAGAAAGUCCACUGGGCUAUGGCCUUCUGCCUCUUCUGCGUGGGGGUUCUUGCCAUGCUGACAACCUAUCUGUUUAUCGGACAUCUCAAGACCAAACAGGAAGCCUGCCUGGCUCAGGCCCCACUGGGAAAAGAAUCAGAGAUCUCCUAUCAACGAGCUUAUGAACCUCCCAUUGCUAAGGCCAGUAAACCAAGAGCACACCUGACAGUACAGUCAACAUAGAAUGCAGAUUCAAUAGAGAUAUUUUUAAUUCCCACUUGUUCAAUCUGCCAACACA